UUUGACAUUUCGUGAUUGUGGCAGCACUAAUUAUUUAUCUAUACUAUUCUAAUUUUCGGACAAAAGAAAAAAAAAUAGUUUAGUGAUUUCGAAAUUGAUUGUCAGACGUAAGUUUACGUUUUCGUGAUAAAAAUUUGAUAUCGUAUAGAAAAAUCUGCAACAUUAGCGAUGGCAGGGUCGGCACUCCGCCGUCUGAUGGCUGAAUAUAGGCAGCUAACUCUGAAUCCGCCAGAAGGAAUCGUGGCAGGACCCAUAAGCGAGGAUAAUUUCUUCGAAUGGGAGGCUCUCAUUGCCGGCCCAGAGGGCACAUGUUUCGAGGGUGGAGUGUUUCCAGCUAAAUUGGUCUUCCCGCCCGACUACCCGCUCAGUCCGCCAAAAAUGAAAUUCACCUGUGAAAUGUUCCACCCGAACAUCUUCGCCGAUGGCCGUGUUUGUAUAUCAAUCCUGCAUGCGCCUGGCGACGACCCCAUGGGCUACGAGCUUUCGGCUGAGCGGUGGAGUCCCGUUCAAAGUGUAGAGAAAAUUUUACUGAGUGUCGUUUCGAUGCUGGCAGAGCCAAACGAUGAGUCAGGCGCUAACGUGGACGCGGCGAUCAUGUGGCGCGACAACCGCGAGGAGUUCAACAAAAUAGCUAGGCGGAUUGUACGGAAAACGCUUGGAUUGCCAUCAUAAAUCACAUUUCGUCCUUGUCAUCUCUUAUUUUUUAAUUAGUCGUUGAAUGGACAGUCAGUUAUGCAUAUUUUCGCCAAUCGUAGGAGAGUUCUUUUUGUUUAUUUUCCAACUGGAAUGUGUAAAUUUUUAUUUCGAAAUCGAGGAGGUAACGUGCACGAUGCAUUCUUAACAGAUAUUCGAAUAUAUUAUGGUAAUCUAUUGAGAAAAUGUAUGAUCGGUUAUGGGUUUAAUGUAGGUGAAAAUUUUCCUAAAUAAUAAGUGAAUUGAGAUACA